AUGGCGUGGACAUUAAGGUCACUGACUAUGCUGCUGUUUCUGGCAUAUCUACAGGCAAUAGAGGAGGAGGAUAUCCGUGCUGGCUGCAGCACGGCGGUGAAUGACCUAGUCUACAUCAUAGAUGGCUCGUGGAGCGUGGGCCACAGCGACUUCAAAAAGGCCAAGAGCUGGCUUGUCAACAUCACCAGCGGCUUCGACAUCAGCUCCCACUACUCACAGGUGGCCGUGGUGCAGUACAGCGACACCCCUCGUCUGGAGAUCCCCCUGGGGAAACACCACGGUGGCCCGGACCUCAUCCAGGCCAUCGAGGGCAUCAGCUAUCUAGGCGGGAACACUCAGACGGGCCGAGCCAUCAAGUUCGCCGUAGAUCAUGUGUUCCCGUCCUCGCAGCGCACCAGCACCGUCAAGAACCGCAUUGCGGUGGUGGUGACGGACGGGAAGUCCCAGGAUGAUGUGGUGGACGCUAGCGUGGAGGCGCGGGCGCAAGGCGUCAUUGUGUUCGCCGUGGGAGUGGGCACCGAGAUCACCACCUCAGAGCUGAUGUCCAUCGCCAACAAGCCGGGGGGGACCUACGUGCUGUAUGCCGAGGACUACGCCAACAUAGACCGAAUCCGAGACUCCAUGAAGCAGAGACUGUGUGAGGAGUCUGUGUGUCCUACGCGUAUCCCAGUGGCUUCCAGGGAUGAGAAGGGCUUUGAGUUGAUGCUGGGCAUGAAUAUCCACCAGAAGGCCAAGAAGAUCCAAGGCUCUCUGGUGUCUGAGGCAGCAUUCUCCUUGACCACCUCAACGGACAUCACAGAGAACACAAGGGAGAUCUUCCCCGAGGGUCUGCCUCCAUCCUAUGUGUUUGUGGCCACGGUCCGCCUCAAGGGUUCAGCCAAACAGGACAAGUUUGACUUGUUGAGGAUCCUUUCUAAAGAUGGCGUCACCCAGGCAGCAGUGACACUGAACGGAGCGGACAAGUCUGUCACUUUCACGACCACCAGCACCACCAAUGAGGAGCAGCUGGUCACCUUUAAUGUGCAGGGCAUUGGGAGUUUCUUUGAUGAAGGCUGGCAUCAGCUGAAGCUGCUCGUGAGGCCCCGGCAAGUAACCGGUUUCCUGGACGAUGAGGAGAUCCAGGAAGUGGCGCUACUGGAGCCGGUGGAGCCAAUCUACAUCAACGGCAAGACGCAGGUCGCCAAGAAGUUCGGGGCGGAGACCACAGUCCCUGUGGAGAUACAGAAACUGCGCCUUUAUUGUGACCCUCAUCAAAGCGAGAGAGAGACAGCCUGUGAAAUCUACUCUGUGAGUGUCACUGACUUCAGUGUGUAUCUGUCCCAGUGUCCCCUGGACCGUGAGCCCACAGUGGAGGAAGUGGAGUGUGACUGUGCUAAUGGCAGCCCAGGACCACCUGGCCCUCCUGGGCCUAUGGUACAGGAACCCAGGGUGAGCCUGGUGGGUCUGGAGAACCUGGGUUUCCUGGCGAGACGGGCGAGAGAGGGGAUCCAGGACUGCCGGGGAAACCGGGCCCGCCAGGACCAAAGGGACUUCCAGGUGAGAGGGGACAAACCGGACCUCCGGGUGAGAUUGGACCAAUGGGGAUCCGGGGGCUUCCUGGAGGGGCGGGGCCAACAGGACCUCAGGGAAUUCAAGGCCCCCAGGGAGACCCUGGAGCCAGUGGACGCGAUGGCCCAAAGGGAAGCGAGGGGCAGCGAGGUUCCGAUGGCUCUCCAGGAAUGCCAGGCCAAAAGGGCACACCAGGAGAGGCAGGCUUCCUUGGGUCCCCGGGCACUAAUGGCCUACCUGGGUUCAAAGGUCCCAAGGGCGAACGAGGCACCGAUGGGGCCCUUGGGAACCCCGGCUUACCGGGUGAAGCUGGACCCAGGGGAGAAAGGCCUCACGGGGGAUAUCGGUGUCAGAGGCACCGAUGGGAAGAAAGGGGGCAUGGGACAUGUGGGGGCCGCUGGCCCACGGGGAUCUCCCGGCGAGGACGGGUUGCCUGGGCAACCGGGAACGCCGGGCUACCCUGGGAAGCCUGGGAAGCCUCCCUCUGACGACCACAUGAUGAAGCUCUGCGGCGAUGUGUUGCGGAAUCAGCUCCCCCAGCUGCUGCAGACACUAGCCCCUCUCAGCAGAUGUGAGCCGUGUGAGACGGUGAAGGGACACCCGGGACAGCCUGGAGCACCAGGACUCAAAGGUUCCUCAGGAACCCCGGGCUAUCCCGGUAGAAUCGGCUCACCAGGAUACCCAGGAACCCCCGGCAUGCAGGGGCCCCAGGGAGUCAAAGGUGACACUGGACCAAGAGGACUCAAAGGCACCAAAGGAGAGGGUCAUCCAGGGUUGCCAGGCCCUACUGGACAGUCAGGAGUUCAGGGGCCUCGCGGAUCGGAUGGCAUCGGACGCCCGGGCACUCAGGGGAUGCCUGGGAAGUCAGGAAGUCCCGGAAUGCCAGGGAAACAGGGGUCAUCAGGACUACCAGGAGUGUGUGACAUGUCUUCUUGCUACCAGGCCUACAACCUCAGGAAUGACCCCUACAGCAAAGGGCCCAACUUCUGA